GCUCAAGUGAAACUGACUCUGCUAGAAGCGAGCUGUUUGUACACAGAUAAGACUCUGGGGAAAGAUGGCUCCACACCACGUAUGGAUCUUGCUCCUUUGCCUGCAAACCUGGCUGGAAGCAGCUAGCAGAGAUGCAGACUCCCUCACUGUGAAUGGGAUUCUGGGGGAGUCAGUCAUUUUCCCCUUAAAUAUCCAAGAAUCGCAGCAAGUUGCCACCAUUGCUUGGAAUUCUGAAACAUCUGUUGCUGUAGUAAUACCUGGAGACUCAGGAACAGCACCCAAAGUUACUGUGACUCACAAAAAUUAUUAUGAACGAAUACACACCUUAGCUCAGAGCUACGACCUGGUCAUUAGCAGUCUGAGGAUGGAAGACGCAGGAGUCUAUAAAGCAGACAUAAAUAUAAAAAACCAUCCUUACACCAUCACCAAGAGCUACAACCUGCAAGUCUAUGGUCGGCUUAGGAAACCGAAAAUUACACAGAGUUUAAUGACAUCUGUGAACAGCACCUGUAAUGUCACACUGACAUGCUCUGUGGAGAAAGAAGAAAAGAACGUGACAUACAGUUGGAGUCCCCUAGGAAAAGAGGGUCCUGUCCUGCAAAUCUUCCAGACCCCUGGGGACCAUGAGCUGACUUACACGUGCACAGCCUGGAACCCUGUCAGCAACAGUUCUGACUCCAUCUCUGCCCAGCAGCUCUGCGCAGACGUCACGAAGGGCUUCCGUGCUCACCGGACCAAGUUCCUUAGUGUGCUGGUGGGGUUAUUCCUGAUUGUUCUCGUUCUGUCUUCAGUGUUUGGGGUCCAUUUGUGCAAGAGAAAACAAGAGGCUAUUGCAAAGAAAACAAUAUACACCAACAUCACAGCUUCAAGAGACACCCAGCCAGCAGAGGCCAGAAUCUACGAUGAAAUCCCCCAGUUCAAGGUGCUCCCCUCCAAAGAAGAGCCCCCGAACACGAUAUAUUCCAUCGUGCAGUUCUCUGAUAAGAUGGGGAAAACCAGCACAAAGGCCCACAAACCACUUGGGACUUCAAGCUACGAAAUUGUGAUCUAGGCUGCCGGACAGAAUUCUCCCUCUGGAAAGUGAGUCACACCCACCAAUACUGGCGGGUGCCCUGAACCCACACCUUCUCCUUCAGCUCUUAUCCAGGAGAUUGCAAAUCACCACAUCCCAACAUGUAAGCAAAGCAGGAGACCCAUGUGCCUAGAUGGACAGAUGGGGGCCUUUCUAAAAUGGCUCUCUUCUGGACAAAGAAGGGUUCCCAAAGUUGACAAAGCGGGUUCCCAAACUUCUUCACAGCAUAAUGUAUACAGAAAAUAACAUUAUUAUAGCACUCUGGGAUUAAAAAAAAAAAUCAAGAUUGCUCACAUCUGGGGGCUGGUGGUGACUAGCAGCUUCUCAUGACUGGAAGUGACAACCCUGCCCAGCAAGAAGGGGAGCAAUAUUUUGCAUACCUGUUGUAUGUCAUGGCACACCAGCUAGAACGCUCUGCUCUCACACUAUGUAUGUGAGGAGCCCUGGUACUUGGUCUCCUCCGGUCUCUACAGCAUCAUGAGCAAAUUAGGAAAAGGCACCCUUUGUUCAAGGCAGAUGCACCCUUUGUUGAAGGCAGAUGCAGCCUCUAACCCGAGUGCACGGAAGCCCCACACACCCUGGGGAGCUUGGGACAGGGUGCACGUAGCUCAACCAGCCCAAACACAGAUGACAGUCCAGGUGGGAGAGGCCGCCAGCCAUGCAACAUGCUCUCCAAUGUGGUGCUGGAAAACACUCUUUCUGUGGAUUCUGGACUGCUGGGACACUUUUCUCUGGGUUCUACUUAAGAAGCCGUGCAGGAUUUUCCUUCUAGCCAGGCUUUCUUUCUGAGACACUCAGAGCAGCCCCAGCAAGAAGCAUCUGCCAUACCCAGCACCAUGCUCUCCCGCAGGAGUUGGCCUACUACAUUUCCAGAACUUCAGAGGAACUGGGUGUGACCCAACCAUCACCACAAGGGACGGUGCAUGAAGCAGAGUCAUUCUCCGGAGGGAACACAGGAUGGCGCAAGGGAUGAACUGAGUUUAUCUCACUUCCUCAGGCUCAGCUCAGAGAGCUGUGAGGGUUAAGCCGAGGCUGCGUUCCUCCACCCGGGCACCCACCCCCCACAAACACAGAACCAACCAGUCACACAGGCAUUAAUAACUCUCAGCAGUGAGGAAGAAUCACCCUCAGCUGACCAGGACUUACAUGUGAUCAUUUGAAGAAGUGUUUUCUUUAUGUGUUAGCAAACAUGACCAGCUAAACCUAAAUCCUGGUGAAUGACCCCAGGCUGUACAGAAGAUAUGAGCUGCAUUUAGGCAUCAGUCCCUGUGAAUGAUCCCAAGACCCAACUGGCACUGACUGCCGUUAACGCUAUGUCAGGGGCUAUGAGGCCCCAAAGUGGAAGGUGUGUAUAACGUCUGCCCUUGUCUAGCCAAGGAGACCCUGCGAUUAAAUCCUGAACUGCACCUGCAAAUACUGGCAUGAGCUAGACCAUAUGGAGGAGGCAGGGCUGAAGCUGGGCCUCAAAAGAUGGGUGGAGUUUGGAUAAAGAAAGAGGAGCAGAGAAGCCCUCCAAGUGAGAGAACAUGACCAUGAGUAGAGGCCUGGAUCUGUGGGCUGUGUUCAGGGCGCCGCCCAGAUCCACCAUGCACACUCACAGUUUCUUGCCUAUGUAUGGCAGAGUGCCUCAGUGCUACAUCCUUUAAUGCCCACCUCAAAUGGAACCUUCCUGAGAAGCUGUCUGUGGUGUUAAUAGUCACCACAGACAGCUUCUUGGUUCUUUUCACUCUCCUUUUUUCCUUUUGGUCCUUCCAUCACUAGAACUCAUCUCGUUCUGCCUUACAGCAUAAAUAAUCACUUGCUUUCCUCACUACAGUGUACACUACUUAAUGGCAAGAUCUCUAUACCCACCACCAUCCACAGGGCUCCAUGUAUCCCGUGUAUGGUAAUAAAUGCAGUCCAGUGGGGCUGACAGUGACCAGCCAGCUCCAAUGGAAGGUAAAAGUCAGAAGCAGAGCUAGAGAGAAGCCAGUAAGCACAGCGCCACCCCAUCAUGGUGAGCAUGAAAUGUCAGGAUGCCGAUGUCAGAGGCUAUUCCUGGGGCAAGGGCAUUUUGAGGUGAAAAGAUUUCCAGAGUUACACAGACCAACUGAGAGGUCCGCUGAGGCAUUGAACCAGGUUUAAGGAGGUGGAAAGGCAGUGACUUGGGGAGGGACACAGAGAAGGGAAUAAAGAGGCUUGGUCAUAAAGGGUGGAGGACUUCCAAAGUGACACUCAACCAGCUGCUUCUAAAAUGAAAUCAUUCCCCUCCCUGGAGACAAGCUGAAGAAUCACUCUGAAUGUUCUCAUUCCCUAACUGACCCCUUCCUCUUCCCAAGAUGCUCUCCCAGGUAAAAUUCCUAGUGUCCUAAUGACAUGUAUGUAGUGCCAGUAAUAAUAAUAACAAUAAUAAAAGAAAGAAAAAAAGGAAAAUAAAAAGAGUCAGAGCAGAUCAGGUCUAUUAUGUCUUGGAGAAAAGCAACCCUGGGAUGGAGCCAGUGCACAGGCACUCUUACGGGGUGGCCCUUGGGCUCAGGACCACCCCACUCUUUCUCACUGCUGCUUUCCUUUGCCUCUUCUGAUUUAUGAAGAUGAAGUUACCCCCUCUCUUGGGCUCAGUUCUCAGAUUUUCUUUGGGUAAAAUGAAUGUGAUCUUAUUUUCCCCUUCAGUUUUCCACGUGAACUAGAUUGUGAUCAACAGCUAUAUAAAAUCAAAGUAUCCUUUCAGUGGGCAGGAUCUUGCUUCAGACCAAGAGGAACUGGAUUUUUUAAUGUGCCGCGAAAGUGAAAUCUCUGAGACAGUGAGUGCCCUCUGGUGGAAAGCAGCGGAAAGCCAGGACAGUCCCUCCGCCGUCUGCAUACACCUUUACUCAGGAGCUCGGCUGAGAAAAUGAGGAAUGUUGGAACUCAUGCCCCUCAGAAGCAGCAAAUGCAUCAGCCUGAAAUGUGAUUUUUUUUUUUU